AUGGAAGACGGAGAACCUUCAAAUACAGGCAUGGAAGAUGGAGAAGCUUCAAAUAACCUUUCGGAAAAACUACCAAAAAGAGUCCUCGGCGAUGGUUGCUACCCCGUUGGUGCUCGGUUGAACAUAUAUUCAAAGGCCAAUGUAAUUGGCCUCCUUGUCGAGGCGUUAAAGGGUACUGAAGAUCUUGAGAAGCUACUUCAUUCCCAGUUUGGGAAGUUAUUCCAUCUACCUGUUGCAAGAUGUUGCAACAGCGCCAAACUUGUCCAUGCCCUUCUAUCACGACAACUUGUGACCACGAAGAAACACGAGAUUUGGUUCCUCUUUGGUGGACAGCCUCUGAGAUAUUCGAUACGGGAGUUCAAGGAAAUCACUGGAUUGAAUUGCAAUCCCGAACCUGAUAGCACAGAAGAAGAAGAAGAAGUCGGAAAAACAGGAAUCUGGAAAGACCUGUUCGGAAGAGCGAAGGCUAUGAACGUGUAUGAUGUGCUUGAAAUGCUAAAGGACCCGGAUCUACCCCGAUGGAAACGGCUUCCAUUGGCCCUAAUCGUUCUUGUCGACGGUGUUCUGUUUUGCAAUAGCAAAAAUCUGGCCCUCACCGAGAAAUACGUUGAGAUGUUGAGUGACUUGGAUAGGUUCAUGCUGUAUCCAUGGGGGAGGGUAUCCUUUAACAAAACAGUAUCUCGUUUUCAAGCUAUGAAGGCAAUCACGGAUGCCGAGAAAAGGGAGAAUCCUGUAACACGAUUGCGCCGUCAACUUAAACAGAAAACCAGUGCAUGCUAUGGAUUCCCUCUAUCACUACAACUCAUGGCCCUCCAAUCUAUACCAAUGUUGGUUUCCAAAAUUCCUCAACCUGAUAACUUGAAGACAUUCCUUGAAGAUCCCGAAGGCUGUCAAAACGUUAUCACACUGUUGCAUCUUGGGGACAUACAUGCCGUGGAAUCCGACUCUCUGUUGUCUGUGAAACAGAUGGUAGUGGAUGAUGGUGAGAAUGACCAACAGAAUGAAUUGCGUUGGGGAGAUGAGGUAGAGGAUGCCGAAGUUGCAUUCAUGCAGGAACUCAUGGCCGAGGGGUACAAAUUCACACCUUCGGAUUUUGCAGUGGCACCGGCACCUAUCGUGGAUAUUAGUGAUGCAGAGGACGAGGUUACCAAUGAACAGGAACCUGAGCCAUCCACCCGACCGAAAAAAGAAACAGAAAACUCAUCAAACUGA